UCGAACGCCGCCUCCACGUCCUUCCCUUCCUUUGACGGCCGCCGCCGCCUCCUCCCACCACGGCCCGCCCCCAACCCCACCUCCUCCUUCCCUUCCCCUGCCACGCCCCUCGCCCUCACCUCUGCCAGUCAUGCCGUUGUCUACCUGCUCUCCCGCACCUCGCCUCCAUCACCGUCUCCCUCCUUCCUCUGCGUGCCGCCGCCGCCCUCCCUCUGCACGAAUGCUGGUGCCUCCGCUUGCCAAGAUCCACGGAUGGGCCUCCGCUGCAUCGCUCCCGUUGGAGAUCUCCCACCACGCCCUGCCACAAAGAAACACCCCGCCAGCCGUCGUCCCCGCCAUCAAUCUCCGCCCCCACCUCCCUCAUCCCCCCAUCGACGCCCCUCUACAGAGCCCUAUUAUGGCAGAGGAGGAGGUCGAGGAGGAAGCGAACGGCGGAGUUUGGAGUCUGUCUGGGCACUGGCAGUGCUGCUGCUCGAUCAUUACCGGUGGACGAGUAGGAAGAGAUGGAGCAUGAGUCCCCGGAGUCCAGCCACGUGUCACCGUCAGGGGUACCUCAGCAUAUUCUACCCCGACCUGCAUGAAGACAUGGACGAUUCAUGGGCUGGCACUUUUGAAACUCAGGUUGUGUCUUCUGUCAAAUUGGCGCAUAAGUUAGCCCGAGACAAGGCACUGAUCCAUGCUGCAACAGCUCUGGUGUUCCUGGACGGGAUGUUCUAUCAUGGAAUUAUAUAUGGAGUGCUAAUUGUCCAGGACGCAGUUCAGACUGAGGUUUUCUGGCUUGUUACUGAGGUAAUGGGGCUGGCUUGGGACAUGUUAAGGCGGUGGCCUGUGAGCAGAGAGUGCGCCUGAGGCGGCUAACGGCUACUGUCUCAACCUAUGGUUCUUGCACGUUAGGGGUAAGCAAGAUAUCAAAGGAAUAGAAAUCCUUAUUUUCUUGAAUUAUUGCCUGGUUAUCAUGUAUUUAUGUGCAGCUAUGAGCUAAACAUUUGGUUUUAGUUAACACUUAACAUACUCUAUAUUUGAUGGCAGAAAAGCUGCUGAGAUUGGAUGAAUGCUAAAAUAUACAUUCUGAAGUGAUUUUGUUUCAUUUUUUCUGCUCAGUUUCAACACAGGCAUUGAUGAAACGGGAACAUCAGAUUCAUAUAAUUAUAUGUUGCAUAAUAUUGUAGUUUAAUGUACUCGAUUAGGCUCUAGGUUGUGUCCUGUCCAGUUCAUGUAUCCACGUAUAAUUGAUAAUCAUGCACAGUUGGAUUACAGAUUCCUUUGAAAAAGAGCAACUGCACUGAAUGUUUUGACCCUAAAAUUCAUCUUAAAAUAUGGCCAAGAUCUGAUGAUACAACAAUUAGUGGGCUGUUGAGCAAUUUUUUUUCCUUUGUCUUUUCAGCUCAUGCAGGUCCUGGAAGGAUGGAAUCAUGGAACUAACCAAAUGUUUUCGGCAUUCCCUUUUACUUUGCACUUGUAUUAUUUCCCUAUCUUGCUCCCGAGCUGCCUAUUUUGUUCUGUUCAGUCGUGUUGUAGAAAGGAUGUCACCCCUAGCCAUGUUUUGGUGCCACUAGCUGCAAUAUAAUGUUACAACCAGUUCAGGUAAGUUAUCGUUACCCUUAUGUAUAGACCAGUUACUUCUUGCUGGUAUCAUGCAAAAUGCAAAACAUGACUCAAGUGUCCAUGCUUCAUUUUGUUUUGUAUCAAAAAAAUUCAAGUGUCCAUGCUUCAUUUUGUUUUGUAUCAAAAAAAUUCAAGUGUACAUGCUUCAUUUUGUUUUAUUAAAUUAAUCUACUACGUGCUGGUAUCAUGCAACACAUGACUUGAGAGCUUUUGUGAGUUCUUUUGGCAGCAUGCUAAAUUUCAAUUUUUUGACCCCUGCUUUUGCUAUUAGAAUAUCAGUCUAGAAAUAAUCAGUGCACUGUUUCUAGCUUGGAAAUGUUCAGGUUUGAUGAAAAGGAUAUGUCUCACUUGAAGCAUGUUGUUGUUCUUAAAGAAGCUUAUUAUUGUUUUUAUAUCAGGAAAAAAAUAUUCUUGAUAAGAUUUGAAGCGAAAAAAAAAUAUGAUCAAUAAUGUUGCAGAUAGUUCUGACAAGAUUCGGCCUGAUCUUGCCGUGUUCUGAUAAAGUUGGAGUUCUUGCUUCUGAUGUUAGUUUCAGUUCUCCUCUGCAUUUGAAAGUGCAUUCAAGACAUUAUCUCAUCUCACAGAACACAAUGACAACCAUGGAUGUUAUGCUUGUUGUUGUCAGUACUUGCUUUCAUAAUUGGAUACUUUUGGUCGAGUUUAAUAUUAUGUUUUGCCAAAGGACAUCAUAUUAUUUGUUUUGGGGUCUUUUCAAAUAUGUACAUGGAUUGUAUUAUCACGAACAUGUAUUUCAUAUGAAAUCAUUUUUAUUGGUAAAAUGAAAAGGUUUCACCUAUUGGGAAGAUUGAUUAAAAAA